AUGAAGUUAAUUGGAGCAUUAGAAUUAUCAGAUCUCAAUUUGCGGCUAUCUAAACGUGAUAUUCUUCGUACAUCGUCUCGUUUUACUGGCAGUCAACAAUCAAAAGGGAAAUCGUAUGAUGUAGAUGUUAUUUUUCAUCAUGUAGAUUUAGAACGUUCCUAUAUAUGUGGGUAUUUAAUGAUUAAGGGCUUAACCGAUGAAUAUCCGACAUUGACUACAUUUUUUGACGGUGAAAUAAUUAGCAAACAAUUUCCGUUUCUUACUCGAAAAUGGGAAGCUGAUGAAGAUGUCGAUCGACGGCAUUGGGGUAAAUUUCAAGCAUUCUGUCCCUACACAGAAACGUUUAACAACGAUGAUUUCGAUUAUAAUAAUUUAUUGCAUGGAAAAAAUGUCGAUCAUAUAUUUAUGCGAUGGAAAGAACAUUUUUUAGUGCCAGAUCACACUAUACGUGAUAUAACUGGCGCAUCAUUUGCUGGAUUUUAUUAUAUUUGCUUACAAUUAUCUACGGGCGAAAUUGAUGGCUAUUACUAUCAUAAACAGUCUGAAUGGUAUCAAAGUUUACGUUUAAAACAUGUACCACAAAAAACUUCUAGUGUGUUUCAAUUUCGAUGA